UAUAUUCUGAUAAAAUACUGUGAGCGAGUGUCCUUGAAUAAUUUGUUUUGUAUGGUUGACACGGUGGUGUGGAUAUUUUGCUUAGUCUACACAGGUGUUUCUCAGCCCCAGGUGCAUUUCGGGAAGGGGAGAAUUGGCGGGUUCUGAUAUCUCAUUGCGCUCACGAAAAAGUGGUGCAGGGCACACAGCAGUUUUGCCUACAAAGAGGCUGAAUACGGCCGGUGCAGCACCGUCAAUAUUAUGUUGAAACACAGCAGUCUUUAAAAGGCGCUUUGUGCAUCGGUAAUCGGCUCUGAUGUCACGAUCAGGAGGAGUUGACCGCUCAGGCCUAAUCCAUGCAAAUUGUCUGAAGGGACAGAGGGACCAGCAAAAAUGGUGAAACGGAUUGUUACGCGACCAACCCAUUCCUAGUGACGAACAGGUUGGUGGUGCCGGGGCUUUGUCCCUCCUCCUCAUCCCUCAUGCCAGCUGCUGUGCUGUGGUGGUGUGGCGUGGUGCCUGAGAUGAAACACACCCAGAUGAAUCCCUGGGAUGCAGUGCUGUGAGUGGUGUUUCCUUGGAGACGGAAGGACCAUGUUCUGUACGUAAACAGAUUACAGCAGAGCGAUGAGCCACAAGCAGCAGGGGGAGGGGCUAGGUGAUUAUGUGGGGGAGGAGCAGAAGGCUCCAGCUGCUCCCAAAAACAGGCAGCCCAACGGCACAGCAGGAGGAGGAGGAGGAGGAGGAGGAGGAAGAGGAGAGGGGGUCCCUGUCCGGAGAAGUUGGAGACCCUGCCAAAUGCUUGGUCAGGACGGGCAGGAUCCUUAUCUUCAUCACCAUCACCAUCAUCACCCUCCUAUUCCACACCAAGGCUCGGGCCGCGGCCCCCCACGGCACCGUAGGCGUUCCCCCUCAGGGCAGGGCCUGUCCAGACAGGGGGAGGGAGUGGUCAUGGAGCCUUCUCGCCACACCCAGCCGCCCCGACCUGGUGUGGCCCGCUACCGCCGCCAGGGGGUGCCCAGGGUCAGAGUUCACAGACAGAGACAGCCGCCGAGAGACGUCCAAGAGACCCACGACCCGCCGUUUCCACAUCAAUGGUCAUCUGACGCUUCUCUGACUGUUCAGAGUGACAUGACUGGUCCUGCGGCAAUGAAGCAGCAGCACCCCCCGUACUCCCCUCCACCCCACCACACACAGGCCAGUGGAGCAUCUGACCUUACUGCUGGUACUCUUACCCCCACACACCACACACCAUGUCCCCCUGCCUCUGAUCUCCCUCCUCAAGAGCUGCCACCACCCCUUACCAACAUAGAGUCUCCCCAGCCUCAGGAGGAUGAGGAGGAAGGGUGCAGUUCAUCCAUAACUCAGUCUGUUAGUACUCAGAGUGGAUUUGACAUCCAGACAGACCUAGAGUGGAACCAGGGGGAGGGGGGCCAUGGAGAAGGGGACCUAAAAGAGACGAGUCUGGGGGAAGAGGACAAAAAAGAGAGGGAUCUGGGAAAGGACAACCAGGAAGACGGAACAAAUGGCCACUGUUCUGACACUGAUAGUGCUGCCUCUCUAAGCAUGGAGGCUCCGCCCCUGAGCCCACCUCCUCACCAAUCACCACCCACCUCUCCAUCUCUAUUCUCGCCCCCUCCACUUCAGUCUGAGUUCUCGGACCAAUGUAGUGACGAGUUUAGCCCAAGCCCCACCCACGACACGGACAUAAUGCCUGACGAUGAGAGCUGCACUGAUUCUCCACUGUCCCAUUCCGAAUCCUUCACCUUCACAGACUCGUAUCCUAAGACCUAUGCAGAAUUUUAUAAUGAGUCCUACCCACAGUCAGAAUCCAUCACAGAAUCCUACACAGAACCCUACGCAAAAUCCUAUCCCCAGUCUUUCCCUGAACCCUUGAAAUUGAUUAAUUAUCCAGACAGAGAGCUCCACAGGAGAUCUGAGGCCGACCCUGAUGAGCCAUAUGCAGAACCCUACCCAGAGCCCUAUAGUUGUAGACAGAGGAAGCAUGUUUAUAAGGGAGCUCCAGACACUGAGCCUACCACUGAUCCACAGCCCUGUGCCUCCUGGCCAGGUAGGGAUGUGGGGUUACCACAAACCAACCCCCCUUGGCAGGGUCGCUCAGUCGGCUCAAGACUGCACCACUACGAUGACACUACGUCUGAUGGGGAAGCCGACAGCCUUAAAGAAAGCCCCCGUUCUCAAAGCCUGGGGCCACCUCCCAGGAAUGUGCAGGGUGAAACCCAGUCAGAGUGUCCCAGCUCUGGGCAGCUUAGUUCAGGCGAGUUACAGGAUGAGCAGGCUGGGAUGGAGCUCAGACCUCCAGCGGAAGGCCCCUCAGAGGACAGUGUCAGGGGCUCAGGGAAUGCCAUCUCUCUGGCCAUCAGGGACAUCCGAGAGGCCAUAGAGGAGGUGAAGACUAAGACGGUGCGCUCGCCCUACACUCCUGACCAGCCCAUAGAGCCUGUGUGGGUGAUGAGGCAGGAGGUCAGUCCUACUGAGGAGGAGAAUUCCCCACAGCAGCCACCGGGAGGCAACGUGAGUUCACCUUCACGCUAUACCCCAGUUCCAGUUCCUGACACAGUUCCAGUCCGUGUUCCAGCCCCAUCCCCAGCCCGAGUUCCAGCCCCAUCCCCAGCCCGAGUUCCAGCCCCAUCCCCAGCCCGAGUUCCAGCCCCAGCCCGAGUUCCGGUGCCAGUCCCAGAGCCUGUGAGGGCAGAGUCCUCCAGAACACACCAGGUACAGCACAGGGAGCAUAGAGAGCAGAGGGAACCGCCGAGGCCGCCAUCCAUUGAGGAGAUCCGGAGGAGUAUGCCCUCCUUCCCCACAUACGUGGAAGUCCCAGGGCCAUGUGACCCAGAGGACCUGAUCGAUGGCAUCAUCUUUGCAGCCAGCUACCUGGGCUCCACCCACCUGCUGUCAGAGAGGACGCCCACUAAGACUGCCCGCAUGCAGCAGGCCCAGGAGGCUAUGAGCCGUGUCAGGACUGCCCAAAAGCAAGCUAAAAACAGAAAGAAGACUGAGGAUGAGGUUCCUUCCUCCACUGAAGUGGAUCUCUUCAUGUCUACACAGAGGAUCAAAGUGCUGAACACAGACACUCAGCAGGAGUCCAUGAUGGACCUGCCUCUGAGGACCAUCUCAUACAUCGCUGACAUAGGCAACAUGGUGGUGCUGAUGGCCAGGGGGAAGAUGGUACGCUCCAGGAGUGCUCAGGAAAACUUGAACCAUACCACUGACCACUCUGACCACACAACCAGCCCUGCCCGCGACGACCGCCCCCAGUACAGGAUGGUCUGCCACGUGUUUGAGUCAGAGGAUGCCCAGCUCAUAGCCCAGUCCAUUGGCCAGGCAUUCAGUGUGGCGUACCAGGAGUUCCUGCGGGCCAAUGGCAUCGACCCAGAGGACCUGAGUCAGAGGGAGUACAGCGACCUGCUCAACACUCAGGACAUGUACAACGAUGACCUCAUCCACUUCUCCAAGUCAGAGAACUGCAGAGAUGUUUACAUCGAGAAGCAGAAGGGAGAGAUGCUGGGGGUGGUCAUAGUGGAGUCAGGCUGGGGCUCUAUCCUGCCCACUGUCAUCAUUGCUAGCAUGAUGCAUUCUGGGCCAGCGGAGAAGUCUGGUCGACUCAACAUUGGUGACCAAAUCAUGACCAUCAAUGGAACCAGUCUGGUUGGACUGCCCCUCUCCACCUGCCAGAGUAUCAUUAAGGGUCUGAAGGCCCAGUGCAGGAUCAAGUUGAACAUCGUCAGGUGUCCCCCCGUCACCAUGGUUCUGAUCCGCAGACCAGACCUCAGAUACCAGCUGGGCUUCAGCGUACAGAAUGGGAUUAUCUGCAGCCUGAUGAGGGGGGGCAUUGCUGAGAGAGGGGGUGUCCGCGUCGGUCAUCGCAUCAUUGAGAUCAACGGCCAGAGUGUGGUGGCCACGCCUCAUGAGAAGAUUGUUCACAUCCUAUCUAAUGCAGUGGGAGAAAUCCACAUGAAGACUAUGCCUGCAGCCAUGUACCGUCUGCUGACUGCCCAGGAACAGCCAGUCUACAUCUGAGACUGCUGUCCACAUUAAGAGGAUUUUACUAUCAUUUUAUUUAGUUACAUGAAUUUAUUUAUUAACCAUGUAUUCAUUGGUUUUUCACGUUGUCUCACUGUGUGCUUGAAACAUUUUUCUUCAUUUCUCUCAGCACUGACUUGCCUUAAUCUGAAUCAGUUUUCAUAAUAUAUAUGAAAGGUGCAUCGCUGAAGUAAGAAGGCACAGAUUAAUUUACCAGACAGAGUAUAAAUGUGAUGUGUUUGAUCAAUAACCAAAGACAACUGUGAAUUUAAUGUGCAUAUUUAAGAAGAACUUAGAGCAAGGAAUGCAUUUGGUCUUUCAGAGUCCUAUGAAUGUACUACAAUAAUUAUAAACAUGCAAACUGUCUCCAUAGGGGCAUGGUAACCAAAAUGUGAGCUUUUCAUUGUACCCAAAAAAUAAAUUCAGGCUUGCAUGUAAAAAUAUGUAACUCUGCAAAGCAAAGGCAAUGUCCUUAAUGUUAGAUGUUGCAGCUGUGCUAUAAUUUGUGCCUGGUUGAAUUAACUCCCAGAAGCCAUCCUGCUUGAGGCUGCAUUAGAAAUACACACAGCACUGUCACCUUUAUUUAGAGAAUGAACUAAGACACAAGUGAAAGUUGUUAUUUAUGUAUGUAUAUUUGUUUGAGAAAGUUAACUCCCUACAGUCGAUUUCAGCCGCCUGAGGAACAUGACUCAAAGAUAGUAGAGGAAUACAGACAUGUAGAGCAAAGACAGUAAGAAUCACUCUCCUGUUACACCCAGGUAAAAAAAAGACUGUCCCCUAUUUAGUACGUAUAUACUGUAUAUGCCAUAAAAAUGUGAUUGUCUCAGGUUGUAUGUAUGCAGCUAAUACAGAGAAGUAAACUGGCAUAUUUUGCCCAUCACAA